AGUAAACUGUGAGACUUCAAGCGAUUCGGCAGGUGAAACUUAGUGUCAUUAUUAAAUUUCUCUCAACGGCAUCACUAAGCAUCUUCGUCUAUUACCGUUCAUCAAGACCAUCGAUUUUAUGAAGUUCACGACAAUUUCGAUGUGCUUCGAAGCCGCAUCGGUUAGCUGUCAAAUUAACAAAGAUACGACUCCUAACUUCUCUCACAACAUACCGUAAUAGUAAAAACCGACGUCAUAGCAACUAUGGAUAUUAGUCGGCCACGAGCCGCGAAGUGAGUCACAUCGUAGAGAGUUAAUCGAUUCGAAGAGCAGUGUACCUCGUCUAUGCACUCAUGUUCGCGUUGAAAACGUCGAUUGUUAACCAGUUAUUGGAAACGGAUAGGCAGAUUUUGGCGUAGUGAGUAAACCGUACGAGCAGCACGAGACGGUGACAACGAGAAACGAAAAUAGAAACCAUCGUAAAAGCACGCGACAGUAAGGGAAUUCGUAUGACAGCGAACGUGACAAGCAAACAAUCGUGACGUUAGAUGAUUAAGCACACAACAGUUUGUUGUGGCUCGUGAAACGGAAUAAAACAUCGUAAUUUCCCCCCGGAAAACGCGCAGUGAAGUUGUCCCGGUGGAUGCCAUUGACCGCCAUAUUCAGGACAAUCGUCCGAGACAGUUUCGAAAAAAAACUGUAAGGUUAAGGGCCGGUUGCUAAACGCGUUUACGCGUGGAAAUCGGCGGUGAAAAAUCGUUGUCGAGAUGGAGUUCAAGUUCAACGUAAAUAAACUCUUGCCCAGAAAGAUCAACAAGGUCACGCAUACUCUCAUUCCAGAAGACUUCAAAGGUGAUCGUCGCGAAUUACACGAAUGUCAGAGGCAAUUGGGCAGAAUUCUUGAUGACAUGGGCGAGGCUUCGGCUAGGGCCCAAGGAUUGAACAAGUCGAUAACCAGCUCCCUAAAACUUCGAGAUACGGACCAUAUAGUUUAUUUAUUAGUGGACAAUGAAGCCAACAACGGACUGGGCAGCGUGGUAGGACUGUUAAAGACCGGAUCGAAGAACCUCUUCAUGUUCGACGAGAUGGGUGCUCAUUAUCAGCUAAAGCCGAGAUGCAUUCUCGACUUCUACAUUCAUGAAUCUCGGCAACGUAUGGGCCUUGGAAAUAUCCUCUAUCAGUAUAUGCUCUCUGAAGAAAACAUCAGGCCGGUGAAACUGGCGAUCGAUAGACCUUCGGAGAAGUUCUUAGCCUUCCUAGCCAAACAUUACGGUCUUUCAAAAAUAAUUCCUCAGAACAACAAAUUUGUCGUCUUUCAAGGAUUCUUUGAUGAUGAACGUCAGGAUGUAAGGUCAAACAGAUACAGCUUGCCAGCUAAUGCGACGAUGGAUAUUGGUGCAUCCAACUCUGCGCAUAAUAAUAUUGGAAAAAGUAAUUCUAGUAUGAAUGGUGUUCCAUAUUCGGCGUCUGUUUCGCGCGCUUCAUUUGGCAGAUACGCCGCGGCACGACCACCUUGUUCCAUGGCAAAUAUAAUCCAUAAUACCGCAGUGCUUGGUCCAUCCGCCGAGCGUACUGGUGAAAAAUUGAGUACGCCAGCUACGACAGAAUCGAAACCGGAACGCCCACGUUCAUUGAGCCUUUAUUCGGAAGAAGAACAGAAACAACGUACAAGCGAAAUGUCCACGGUACCAACACCUGCUUUACCAGAACAUCAGCCAACACCUUUCGCUACCAUUUUACGGGAAACGGAGAAAACUGAAAAAAAUAUAAAGCCUUCGCCGUCGUGUAGCCAAGAAGUAGCUGGUACUAAUCAGCAUACACGACUGGAUCUUAAAUUUUAUCAUUCCCCUCUGUGGUAAAGAAGCCCAAAGUGAUGGAAGGACCAUGAAGCAUCUUCACAUCUGAGGAAAAGUAAUUAACAAGCUUGAUGGUAACUGAAUGAUUAGUAAAAAGAUAUGUUAUAUACGAAUAAUUAAGAAAAGUAUAUUCUAAUGGAAUUCAUUCAAGUAGACAGUGGAAAAUGUGUAUGUAUGACAAUUGGUACAUAACUUUUUUUUUCUUUAUCUGGGACAUUCAAUAAAUUAACAUUGAGUGUUGAACAAAAACUUUCUGAUAAUUAAGUCUGUAUGAAUUAAUUGAAAUUUGAAAAAGUGCUACAUGCACUGUACAAUAUUAAUUGUAAAUGAAAGUUUGAAAAUUAUAGGUGAUAUUAGUGAUUUUGUUAGAAUAAAAGGCUGGUGUAAUUUUAUUUUGGACCUGUGGAUAGAAUGAUAGAAUUAGAGGAAUCAUAUUUAUGAUGAUAUUAAGUACAGGACAUUUUCAAUGAUUAAUGGCUAUGAUAUUAUAGUUAUUAAUUAGUUACUCUUAAAGGAAUGAAUUAAAAUCGUAGUACACGACUUGGAAUUAUUCGUGUAGAAUGCAUAUAUAAACUGGCUUGUAAUUUUAUACACUUAUAAAGAUGUACAAGAUGUUUUUCAUAUGCUAUGGAUAUAGUAAUGUAUAAGUUCUUUUUAUGACUGAAUUCAUCAUUCCUUUGGUUUAGGUUUAAAAUAUGGAUCUAUAAGAGAACCUGUUACUGUUCAUUUCCGAACUUUAAUAAUUUUUGGAAAAACAUGAAAAUUUUUUGUAGAAAAUAUAUUUACUAGUCAUGCAUUGAACAUUUUGUAUUUUGUAUUAUUAAAUUCAUAGACAUUUAAAACGAUGAGAUAUAAACUAAUUAUAAAGGUGCAAUCAACACUAUUGCAAAACAAAUUAUAUCAUGUGAUAAAAAAUAAACAGGUAAAGUACAAAAUAUUGUGAUUUAUUUUAUAACAUAAUCAUUCAUUGAAUUAAUAUAUUCCAAACACAUUUAAAGUUAUCCUUUCCUAUCAUUAACAUUCCUUAUUUAUACAGAAUUUAAAAUAUUGAUCUGAUAUUAUAUUAAUAAUUUCAAUAUUUUUGAGGCAGUCUUGUCAAUAAUAACAUGUAUAAUACAGUUAACACUUUUCUGCUUUGGUAGCUUUUCUAAUCAAAGUUAAGAAUAUUAAAAUAUCACAUUUUUUAAAUGUAUUAAUGUAUUAUAAAUAAACGUUAAAAUCAAUUAUAUAAAAGAGUUAGUUAAAAAAUAAUAUUUCUUUCGAGUCAGCAUAUAAACAGCAUAUUCCAAAAAUAGUCAAUUUUUAAACAUCAUAUUCUGCACCAUCUAUUUUUUCGUCAGUUAUCCAAGCUACUAAAUAUGCACAAGUUU